CCCCACCUGAAAAAUUCAGGACUCAUCAAUCCAUCAUCAUCUCAUUCCAUUUCCACACCACCUUCAUUAUUCAGACCCCACCACCUCAAAUACCUACAACCAGAGCAUAUCACUCGCCGUUUUUCGUCGCUACUCUCAGAAAUCUCGAAGCAGAACUCAUGGGGGAAAAGGGUGUACCGUUGCCAAAAUUUGGUGAAUGGGAUGUCAAUGAUCCAGCAUCAGCUGAGGGAUUCACUGUAAUCUUCAACAAGGCUAGGACUGAGAAGAAGACAGGUGGCAGACCUGACUCACCAUCAAAGGAGGAUCACACAUAUAAGCAUGAAGCAGUUCUCGGAAAGCCUCCAUCUAAAAAAUGGUUUUGCUGCUUGCGUGCGGAGUCAUGAGGAGGCACGUACCAUGUCAUAAAUUUUACAGAAGAUAUUACUACGUAUCUAUGCCCCCCACGACGAUAUAUAUUCCAGAAGACUGGAGCUGUGUUCAGAAGCCAUGAUUGGUCCCGCUGGAAUCUGUUUGCUGUCCUUCUGAACAUUGGUAGAAAUUCUGGGCUUGUUUUGGGAGAUGAAUGAUUGAAAAAUGUUACUGUUUUAUGUUUACGUAAACUGGUGAACUAUAUUUGCAUGCAGCUUCCUCAUCUUGAAUCAAUGCUUGACUCUGAGAUAAUCGUGACUGUUUGUUUCCUGUUAUCGAUUCAAUUUGCGUUUCGUUCAUGUUUAACUGCA